AUGCCAAUAUCAACAAAUGAUUUUUAUCAAAAUUAUUUUUCAUCUAUAAAUUUAUUACCAAGAAUUUCACGAACAAAUAAUCGUCGAACAAGUUUUUAUAUUAAUGAUAUACUUGGUGAUUCAAUAAAAACUUAUAAUGAAGAAUAUUGUCAAUCAAUUUUAACAAACGAUAAUGAAGAUUUAUUAAUCGAUACACAAAAGAAAAAAAAGAAAAAAGCUCGAACAACAUUUACAGGUAAACAAAUAUUUGAACUUGAAAAAAAAUUUGACGAUAAAAAAUAUUUAUCAUCAAUUGAACGUGCUGAAAUGGCAACAUUACUUACAGUUACUGAAACACAAGUUAAAAUUUGGUUUCAAAAUCGUCGUACAAAAUGGAAAAAAACAGAAAAUAUAUCAAAUGCCGAAGCAGUUGAACAUAAAUCAGGCAUAAGAAAAAUGUCAUCAUCAUCAUCCUCAUCAUCAUCAUCAUUAGAUCACAAUCAAAAACAACUUGUACAAGUAUCUAUCGAUGAUAAUACAAGUAGUAAAAAUAGUAUUUGUAGUUCAAUGGAUUCUCAUCGAUCUGAUGAACAAAUUUAUAAUACAUCAACAUUAUCAACACUUCCUUUACUUUAUUUUAAUGAUUUUACACAUUUACUUCAAUCAUCAUCAACACUUAAUGGACGUUCUUAUUCAGUUUCACCAUCAACUUCAUCAUCUUUACUAAAUUCUGAAAUGAAUCAUUGUUCACCUUCAUGUUCUACACCUAUUAAUGAUAAUAGUGAUGAUUUUAAAAGAAAUGAAAAUAUGCAAGAGAUUCAAGAACAUGUUCGAGAUAGAAAACGUAAUUAA